AUGUGCAGCUUCCUCUCCGUCAAGGAGCACGCCUUACCGUACAGUAAUAUCACUCCAUAUCUCAUGAGACUAGCAGUCAGAGCUGUCACACCAGCUGUUAGUCUCCACGACGAACUGGAAUCUGUUCUACGGGAACGAAUCAUGGUGUUAGAUGGUGGGAUGGGCACCAUGAUCCAGCAGCAUUCCCUCUCUGAAGAUUCCUUUAGGGGGCGAGAAUUUGCAGAACAUGAAAAACCCCUAAAAGGAAAUAAUGACCUUUUAAGCAUCACCCAGCCUGACAUAAUCUACAAAAUUCACAAGGAGUAUUUGCUUAGUGGAGCCGAUAUAAUAGAAACCAACACAUUCAGCAGUACCAGUAUUGCCCAGGCAGAUUAUGGUCUUGAGGAUAUGGCUUACCACCUAAACAAGAUCUCUGCAGAAGUAGCCAGAAGAGCAGCGGAUGAUGUAACAUCUGAGACAGGAAUUAAAAGAUAUGUAGCAGGAGCUAUGGGUCCAACGAACAAGACAUUGUCUAUUUCUCCAUCUGUUGAAAGACCAGAUUACAGAAAUAUUACUUUUGAUGAACUUGUGGAUGCCUAUGCAGAUCAGGCCAGAGGUCUUCUGGAUGGUGGUGUUGACAUUUUGCUGGUAGAGACUGUUUUUGAUACAGCGAAUGCUAAAGCAGCUUUGUUUGCCAUUCAGAAUCUGUUUGAAGAGGAUUACAAGCCUAAACCCAUAUUUGUUUCAGGAACCAUUGUAGACAAAAGUGGGCGAACUCUUUCUGGUCAGACAGGGGAAGCUUUUGUAAUUAGUACAUCACACGCUGCUCCACUGUGCAUUGGCUUAAACUGUGCUUUGGGUGCUGUUGAAAUGAGGCCAUUUAUUGAAGCUAUUGGGAAAUCUACUACAGCCUACAUAAUUUGUUAUCCAAAUGCUGGUCUGCCGAACACAUUUGGUGGUUAUGAUGAGACACCAGAGGUGACUGCUAGGCACAUUAAGGAGUUUGCAAUGGAUGGUAUGGUGAAUAUUGUUGGGGGUUGCUGUGGAACUACUCCAGCGCAUAUUAGGGAAAUUGCAGAAGCUGUGAAACACUGUAGACCAAGAAUUCCUCCAAAAUCGGUCUUUGAUGGUUAUAUGCUUCUUUCUGGCUUGGAACCCUUCAGAAUAGGACCUUACACAAACUUUGUGAAUAUCGGGGAGCGAUGUAAUGUGGCAGGGUCAAAAAAGUUUGCAAAACUGAUCAUGUCAGAAAAUUAUGAGGAAGCUUUAUCAAUUGCAAAAGCACAAGUUGAAAUGGGAGCACAAGUUCUGGACAUUAACAUGGAUGAUGGAAUGUUGGAUGGGCCCAGGGCCAUGGCACGAUUUUGUAAUUACAUUGCAUCUGAACCAGAUAUUGCUAAGGUUCCUCUAUGCAUUGACUCAUCCAAUUUUGAAGUAAUUGAAGCUGGACUGAAAUGCUGUCAGGGUAAAUGUAUAGUAAAUAGUAUCAGUUUGAAGGAGGGAGAGGAGGAUUUCCUGGCAAAAGCUAAAAAGAUAAAGCAGUUUGGUGUGGCGGUGGUUGUCAUGGCUUUUGAUGAAGUGGGACAGGCCACAGAUACAGAAACAAAGGUCAGAGUAUGCACUAGGGCUUAUAACCUUUUGGUUGAUGAACUGAAUUUUAAUCCCAAUGAUAUCAUUUUUGACCCAAACAUCUUGACAAUUGGAACUGGCAUGGAGGAGCAUGACAAUUAUGCCAUGAACUUUAUUGAAGCUACCAAAAUUAUAAAGGAGACUAUAAAGGGAGCUAAAAUCAGUGGUGGCCUUUCGAACCUCUCCUUCUCAUUUCGUGGAUUGGAUGCCAUUCGAGAAGCAAUGCAUGGGGUAUUUCUUUUCCAUGCUAUAAAGAUGGGGAUGGAUAUGGGAAUCGUAAAUGCAGGAAACCUUCCAGUAUAUGAUGACAUUGACAAAGAGCUUCUUCAGCUGUGUGAGAAUCUAAUAUGGAACAAGCAUCAUGAAGCAACAGAGAAACUUCUAAAAUAUGCACAGACAAUUGGAAAAGGGGGUAAAAAGGUCAUCCAGAGUGAUGAAUGGAGACAUUUCACUGUUGAGGAAAGGCUGGAGUAUGCCCUUGUCAAGGGUAUUGACAAACAUGUUAUAGAGGACACAGAGGAAGCAAGGUCAAAUAAACAACAGUAUCCAAGACCCCUCCACAUUAUUGAAGGUCCUCUAAUGAAUGGCAUGAAGGUGGUAGGGGAAUUGUUUGGAUCUGGAAAGAUGUUCUUACCUCAGGUAAUAAAGUCUGCUCGGGUUAUGAAAAAGUCCGUAGGAUACCUGAUUCCCUUUAUGGAAAAGGAAAGAGAAGAGAUGAGAGCUCUAUCAGGAAAUGUAGAAGAUGAUAAUCCAUAUCAAGGAACAAUUGUGCUAGCAACAGUAAAAGGUGAUGUACAUGACAUUGGCAAGAACAUUGUUGGUGUGGUACUGGGCUGCAACAAUUUCAGGGUGGUUGAUCUAGGUGUUAUGACUCCAUGUGAAAAGAUUCUGAGAGCUGCAAUUGAAAACAAAGCUGAUGUAAUUGGUCUGUCUGGCCUUAUCACGCCUUCCCUUGAUGAAAUGAUCUUUGUUGCCAAGGAGAUGGAAAGAUUGUCAGUAAAGAUCCCGUUACUGAUUGGUGGAGCCACCACAUCGAAGACCCACACUGCUGUUAAAAUAGCCCCAGUUUACAAUGCACCGGUUAUCCAUGUUUUGGAUGCAUCCAAAAGUGUUGUGGUUUGUUCUCAACUUUUGAAAGAUGAAGCCAAGGAUGAUUUAAUUGAAGAAAUAACUGAAGAGUAUGAAGAAAUCCGUCAGCAACAUUACGAUUCUUUGAAGGAAAGAAGAUAUCUGACACUGCAACAGGCUAGAGAGAAGAGUUUCCAUAUUGACUGGCUUUCCCAUCCUGUUCCAGUAAAACCGAAGCUGACAGGAACACAGGUUUUUAGAAAGUAUGACUUGGAGAGACUAAGUCAGUACAUUGACUGGAAGCCAUUCUUUGAUGUAUGGCAGCUCAAAGGAAAAUACCCCAAUAGAGCCUUUCCAAAAAUCUUCAAUGACAAGUCUGUUGGAGAAGAAGCUAGAAGAGUCUAUGAUGAUGCUCAAAAUUUGCUACAAUUUAUAAUCAGUCGAAAGAAAUUUGAAGCCCGUUGUGUUGUAGGCAUCUGGCCAGCACAGAGCAUUCGGGAUGACAUUUUGUUAUAUACUGGAGAAGAUGUGCUGCACUCUUCAGAGCCCAUUGCCAUUUUCCAUGGACUAAGGCAACAGGCACCUGGAGCCACUUCAUCGACUACCUGCAGCAUGUCAAAGAAGGGCAAGCACAAGGGGCGCAAGUCGACCCCUAAAUCGGCCUUCCACCGCCUGUUUGAUGGGGCCACUUCCUCGGAGGAGAAGAGGCCUCAGUCUCACCGCUCUGCAGUGCAGAGAGAGCCGCCGGAUACCACACAGCGUCGGGCGGAUUUGGCUCCUCCCACUCCGCUACGGGAGACUCGCCAGUCUAAAAAACCGGAGGGGUUGGAGCUCCGGCACCUGGAGAACCCCCACUGGACCCAGCAGCGGGACCUGCAGGCAUCCCUAACGUCAGCACGGGACACGGAGGAGAGGAGGCCGUCACCGCGCCGCUCUCCGUUGUUGACCGGGCCGCAGGACGCCACCUCGCAAGGGACUGACUUGGCUCCUCCCACCCCGACUCCUGGAGCAGGCCAAGACGGGGAACCAGAGGACAUGGGCCCGCAGCAGACGGAGGGGGACGACUGGGCCCUACAGCAACACCCACAGCUGUCUCCCUCCAGAGAAAAGAAGAAAUAA